GGCAGCCCUGCGGUUAUAUCCCCGGGACAGGCAGUGUGAGGGGGGAGACAGGAAGGGGGAAUAAGGGGCCCCUCUGCUUCUGUGUCCUCCCCACCCCACUACCUUCCUGGGUGGGCUUGGGGCAAAGGCCCAGACACUCUCCUGGCCCCAGAUCCUGUCCUGGGGCCUGGACGCCUGGGGUGGAGAUGCCCUGGUGGUGUAUGUUGUGUGUGGGGUCCAAGUGGGCUCACCCUGGAGUGGAGCCCCCCUAGAGAAACCUCAGAAACCAAAGUGGGGGGCACCCGUCCUGGACUCCUCAGGGCCCUGGCUGAGCUGAGGGGGUGCGGCCUACAGCCUUUCCUUUCUCCCCCGUCCCCCCUCCCUUCUCGCCCCACUUUCCUGCCUGAAGCGGGGGCAGCUGGAAGGGGAGGGGACAGAGGGAAGAAGGGCCUGCCUGUCUGGGCCCUGGAGCGGCCCUGCCCCCACCCUCCACGGAGGUGGGCUGGACGGGCUGCGGUGGGCUUGACCUCGAGCCAGCUCCCCAGGGACCCGAGAAGUGAGAGGGGUGGGGGAGCCAGAGCCGGGAGCAGCAGACUUUGAGAACAGAGAGUGCCUGUGCGCAAGUGGGGGAGGAAACUUCCAGGGUCCCCUGGGGUCAGCUCCAGGACAGUUGCCAUUUUUAAUCUGCACAAGAGACUUAGAAGGAGCCGCGAGGGCUGUAACCUAGAUCCGCUCCAGCCGCUCCCAGCAGUGCAGCCCAAGAACAGCCCCCUCCCCCUGCCGUGUCCCCAGACAGGCUGAGCGGACCCUUGUGGAGACCCCAUCCAGGGGCUUCGGGGGCCUUGUGGGGUCCUGCCUACUCUGGACUGGAUUUGUGCCCCACUCCCAGUCUCCAGACUCUUCCCCUCCUCCUCCAUCUGGGGUGUAGGUGGAGGGCUCAUGAAGGAGCUCCACUAGUGAGCCCCCAGGACUGACACCUGACCUAAGCAGAAGUCGGCUUCAGCCCACCCACUCAGGCAGGUGGGAGACCCACACCCCAGGAAGGAUGGCCUAAGGCCACCCUUGGGCCUAAGGACAGCUACCCCUACCCAGUCCACACCCAGGCUGUCUCCUGCUCUCCAGAGGAGAGCUGAGGGUUCAGCUCCUGAGACCCCACCCCUCCCACCACGCUUCCAGCUUCUUUACUCUUAGGGUGACUGCCGAGACCCAGGCUGCUUCUGGGGGUGGAAUGGGGGCUUCCCAGUAACAGUUUCCAAAGAGGAACUGCCACACCCCUGGGGCAGCAGGAGGAGGUGACCAGUGCUGGGGUGGGGACUCCAGCUCCCUCCAGUUCUCAAGGACCUCUGUGUGGGCCACCUCUUUGGAGAUACCGCCCCCAUUCUGUCUCACCACCAGGAGAAAAAUGUUGAUAGUUCUGUGUGAAGGAACAGGAAAGAGAGGCAACUUCUGUGCCCUCUGGGGACCUGGGCCCACCCCUGCCACAGAGUCUGAGUCCCCAGGAGAGAUUCUAUGGGUGGGGACCAGGGCUCCAGCUGGGGAGGCGGCUGGGGCAAGUGGAUGAGAAGCCAUCUCAGGCCUUCUACUCUGGGUCCCCUUUCCCACCACCACCACUGGUUUUCAGGGACCCAUGCUGAAAACGUACCAUGCCAACCCCCAAAACCUGCCUCCCAGGCCAAGCGUACCUUCUUUCCAUCACCCCCAACCUGCAUAAUCUCCCCUUGCCAGAGCCACGGCUGGCUGAGAUCCAGGCCAUGGUUUCCAUCUGGCCACCAUGAGAGAGGCUGGCCAGUCUGGGGGUCCCACAGGUGAGGGGCCUCCCAGGGGCAGUAGGCAAAAAGCAGGUCUGGACUGCCUGACUGAGGGAAUGGCUCCUGGUGCCUGGUCAACUGGUCAGGAUCAGUCAACAUUCAUUAAACUUAUACACAGACCAGCAAAUACUGAACCACCACACUCCUGGCCAUGCUGGGGAGCUCCCUACAUGACUCAGGCCAGCACAAGCCUUUGAAAAAGCAAUCUGGCAUCCCCCACCACCCCCGGGCACACUCAGGACUCUGGUGAGGAAGCCCUGAGAGGGAGGGUCCUUGGGCAAGGGCACUGCUGGCAGCCACGGCUGAAGGGAAAGAUCUGGAAAUCUGGGUCCCCACCAGCAGAGGGGGCACUGGGGCAUUAGUGUCUCGUGUGGAGAGGAGUGACUGCUGGCAUCUGCAGGCAUGCAGUGAUGCUCAUGAGAAAGGCCAACUGCCCAGCAACGUACACAUGAUAAAAUACCCCACUAGCCGGGCCUGUGGGUGGACAUGUCUGUGGGCAAGAAGAGAAGGUUAUGGUCUCUGGGUACAAGAGAGGAGCCUGGUAAGGACUGUUAGCUUCCCUGCACCCUGCAUGACUCAUGGCAGGGAGCCCAUGUGACACUGUGAAUAACAUCAUGUAGCCAGCACCUUACAUCAAAGCCUGGGGGGUGGCUGCAGCAUUGGGAAGGAUGAGCCCCCCUCCAGGGGCUCCCAGCCAGCAGUGUACCUGGAGUGUGCAGUAACGUUCCCAGUCGUGCAGGGGACCCUGGGGACCAUCUUGGGAGCUGGGCUGUGUGCGGCCUGUGCACAAUGCAGCCCCCAGGAGUGGUUUCUUUACCCUGACAGGGGGGCAGUGGGAGGGGAGGCUGAGACUGACCUGCAGGAAGGCAGGAGAGGGUGUAGGCGUGCAUGGCUCCCCACAAACCCCGCCAUCCGUGAGGGCGCCGGUAACUCUGUGACUCCAGAUGUUCAGCAGCUGUCUUGGCCAUUUCCGCCCUCCUCUGACCCCGCAUCCGCCAGGAAGCGUCCCCUCCUGGCCUCAGGCUCCCAGCCACCCCCCACCUUCCCUGCACCCCAUUUCCUGAGCAGAGGCGUUUGUGCAGACUCAGCUCCCCUCCCGUGGGGCAGCGGCAGCUUUCCCAAGGACAGCACUGCCUCAGAGCCUGGACGCCCCUGUGAGGGCUCUGAUUCCACCCCCGCACUCCAGCCUCUGGGACUGGUUUUCUUUCUCUCCUUCCUUCCUUCCCUGAGGUUGGCAGCCUAUAUCAGGGCCUCUGGGGAAGCUGAGCAGAACUGGCCAGGAGGGAGCCCUGCUCACCAGGGGAGGGCGGAGGCCAGAGGUCAGAGAGCCCAGCCGACCCAGGCUGAGGCGGUGGGGGGGAGUGCAUGCUCAGAUGUCGCCUGGUGGACACUGCUGGGUGGCCUCUGGGCCACUGCUGGGUGGACACUGCUGGGUUCACAAUUCCACCUUCCCUGAGCAACUGGGACACAAGAGGCCACUGUGGCUACAGCUGGUCCAGUCUAGUGGGGUCUCCUGGAAAGGAGACAGCUGGAGGAGGGCUCCUUUCUUGUCACGUGCCUUCCUGUCUUAACAGAGCUGAUGGUUCUGGGGCAUUUGGGCUCCCAUGGGCUGGGGGCAGGGCUGGGGGUCAGGGCUCAGGCCAGACACAGGUUAAGGGCUCUGGGGGCGGGGACAGCAGCUCCAGCCUGCUGACCUCUGCCCCCUCUCCUCCGAGCUUCCUGCUCCUCCAGGGGAGCCAAGGGCAGAUAGGUGGGCCUGGCCAAAGGAAAGCCUCUAUUUCCAACCAAGAUGGGAGGCUGCCCCCAGGAGGGCACUGGUCCUCCGCACCACACCUGUCUUUGCGGGACCAUCCUGCAGUAUGCCCCACUGCAUCCUCUGUGUCUGCCGGGACUCGGACUGAGGACGCCACAGGGCCUCUGCUCUGCUGCUGGGGUUGCUCCUGAGGGCUCACAAGAUGAACCUGGAGCCUCUGAGUCUGCACUUUCCCCCCACCCCCCAUGCUAGGAUAUGAGUUUAUGAAAGAAGUUCCUAGGAGAGGAAAUGCCCACAUCCUCCCCAAGGUCCCAUCUCUACCUCUGACCUCAGGGCCGGGUGGACAGCUCAGAAGGGCCAGGACCACCCACUCCCCUAAACAGCUGUGCCCAUCACCUGACCCAGGUCCCCCCACUGCCCCUGCUGCCACCCAAGAUGCAGGAGAGAGGUGAGGUGGUUACAGGGCAGAAGGAAUAGGAGUGGAGCCCUUGUCUAGGGGGACAGUGGACCCUGGGCCACCCUCUCGGGUCUCAGGACCUAACUGAUGAGUGAAACAGCCCAGAGUGGAACAGGAGCUGGAUGAUCAGAAAGAUCUGGACUUCAGGGCCUGGGGGGAGGCGUCCUGGGGGUUAAGUUUCCAGACUUAGCAAAAAACCAGGAUAUCCAGUUAGAGUUGAACUUCAGAUAAGCAAUAUUUUCAUAUGAGUAUGUUCCAUGCAAUGUUUAGGACAUACUUAUACUCAGAAAGCUUCGGUUGUUUGCUUGAAAUUGAACUUUAACUGGAUUUUCUGUAUUUUACGUGGCAAUGGGGGUGGAGGAUGGACAUUCAACCCUCUCAGCUCACUCACUGCCUAUUGACCCCUCCUGCCCACAAACCCUAAAGGACAGCAGUGAUCUUUAGCUCUGCUUCCCAAGCCAGGUGGUGGCUGACUGGGCCAGCAAUGCCUCCAACUCAGCUGCACAGAGCAUUAGAGCAGAGCAAGCUUGGGCCUGGAGCCCCUCCCCAGAGGGCUGGGCUCCAGGCCUCCUGGGUUCCAAGGAGUGGGCUGGGUUUGCCAAAUUCCCUUUUAGGUCCAUGCAACUGUUGAAGGCGCCCCAGGAGCCUGGCUCUUCCCUGCCUCCCUGGGGACUCUGUCUCGCCCUCAUCAGGUGGGCCAGCUCUCACUGGUGCAGGACAGAAAGGAGAACCCAAUAAAGCCUUCCAGAAAAGAGGAAGGGACAGCUUGUGGGGUGGUUUCUGGGGGAGGAGAGCUCAACCAGGGGCUCAAAAUGAGGAACACUGGCCAGGAAGGACCCACCUGGAGAAGGUCAUUGCCUCUGCAGGCGCCAGUGGAAAGAGGAUCCAGAACAGGCGGGGGUUUCCAGCCUGCGCUCACCCCUUCCUGGGAAAGAAGGUGCGGAGGGCCGGGGCGCAGGCAGUGAGCAAAGAGCCCCAGCAGCUAGCCUCCACUGCUCCCUCAAGGACUUCCUGAGCUUUGCCCCUGCCCCUGGAGUGCUGGGCAGAGAACCGCUCCUCCAACCCACUCUCCUCUCCCUCACUCUGCCUGUGGGGGAGCCGGGGCCCAUGUAGCCUUUUCAGACUCUCACAGCCUGAUCCCCAGCGCUGCUUCCCCCUGCCUCUGGUCCCUCUCUCACCAGGGUGGGUACUUUGGAAGGUGGGUGGGUGGUUCUCACAGCAAGCUGGUUCAAGGUGGUGGGCGGCCCUGCAUUUUUCUCAGUGAGACCCAGUAAGAGGUCAGCACUGUUGAUUUCCGACCUGUGUGUCCACCUACAGCUCAGGGAGGAGGGGGUGGGGCGCUGCUCAGGCUUGGGUGGAGGUGGGCUUGCCCUUAGGUGAGAGGCUAAUGAAAUCUCGAGGAUUCGGGUCAGAGAAGGCCUGUUGAGGCUGUGGCUGCGCCGAGGUCCUGAGGCUGUGUCCUGGGGGGCGGGGCAGAACUGGGUCCACCACGCCUGCGAACCCUUUGUGCGCCCACCACGGGUCUCUCCCCAGGCAACGGUGACUCACAAAGCCAGCCCGAGCCAGGCAAAGGCCGACUUCCCUGGGCCCCAGCGGGCUCAGGUCACAAAAGCCUCGAGGGCCAAGCCCCAAAGAGACAUGUCCUGAGGCGGCCUAGCGCGUGCCUACCCCUGCCGCCGCCCGCUGGGCCGGGCCUGGGCCUCCCACCACCACGGCGACCCCGGGCCAGUGACUGGGUCUUAGGGCUCGGUCAGCACUCAGGGCCUCGUGCCCAUGUGCGUGGUCUGCUUUGUGAAAGCGCUGGUGCACGUGUUCAAGAUCUACCUGACAGCCAACUACACCUACAACUUCCGCGGCUGGCCGGUGGACUUCCGCUGGGAUGACGUGCGCGCCGCCGCUGGGAGCGGCAGCAGUCACCGCGCGCUGACGUGCGCGGCGGCUGCGGCGGGCGUGUGGCUACUGCGGGGCGCAGCGCUGGGCGAGGAAUCGCCGGUUCGGCCGCCGCGCGCAGUGCGCAGCCAGGCGCAGUGCCUCCUGCAGCAGAUCCGCGAGCUGCCCAGCCAGCUCGCCAGCUACGCGCUGGCCCACUCGCUGGGCCGUUGGCUUGUGUACCCCGGCUCCAUGUUCCUGAUGACACGCGCGCUGCUGCCGCUGCUGCAGCAAGGCCAGGAGCGCCUGGUGGAGCGCUACCGCGGCCGGCGCGCCAAGCUGGUGGCCUGUGACGGCAACGAGAUCGACACCAUGUUCAUGGACCGCCGCCAGCACCCGGGCAGCCACGGCCGCGGCCUGCGUCUGGUCAUCUGCUGCGAGGGCAACGCCGGCUUCUAUGAGAUGGGCUGCCUAUCGGCGCCGCUGGAGGCUGGCUACUCGGUGCUGGGCUGGAACCACCCGGGCUUCGGGGGCAGCACAGGCGCACCGUUCCCUCAGCAUGAUGCCAAUGCCAUGGACGUGGUGGUCAAGUACGCGCUGCACCGCCUGCACUUCCCGCCCGCACACGUGGUGGUCUAUGGCUGGUCUAUUGGCGGCUUCACGGCCACAUGGGCCACCAUGACGUACCCGGAGCUGGGCGCGCUGGUGCUCGAUGCCACCUUCGACGAUCUCGUGCCGCUGGCCCUGAAGGUCAUGCCCCACAGCUGGAAAGGGUUGGUGGUGCGCACGGUUCGUGAGCACUUCAAUCUCAACGUGGCCGAGCAGCUGUGUCACUACCCUGGGCCGGUGCUGCUGCUCCGGCGCACACAGGACGACGUGGUCAGCACCUCGGGCCACCUGCGCCCCCUGCCGUCGGGCGUCGUGGAGGGCAACCGCGGCAACGAGCUGCUCCUGCGCCUGCUGCAGCACCGCUACCCAACUGUGAUGGCGCGCGAGGGCCUCGCCAUCGUGACCCGCUGGCUGCGCGCAGGCAGCCUGGAGCAAGAGGCCGCCUUCUAUGCGCGCUACCGCGUGGAUGACGAAUGGUGCCUAUCCCUGCUGCGCUCCUACCUCACGCGCUGCGAGGACCAGCAGGAGGACGAGGAGGCCUGGGGGUCGCAUGGGCUAGCCUUCCCCUGGCUAGUGGGCCAGGGCUUGAGCCCGCGGCGGCGGCGGCAGCUCGCGCUGUUCUUGGCACGCAAGCACCUCAAAAACGUGGAGGCGACCCAUUGCAGUCCGCUGGAACCCGAGGACUUUCAGUUGCCCUGGAGGCUGUAGACCGUGCUUCUGCAGGUCCCUUCCCCACCCCCACCCCAAACCAGUAAAGCUGGCCCUGCCCUGGAUCCCGACCUGGUGUCUGGCGGAGGAUGGGGGAGUGCAAAGGGAUCUUGCACUCUCUCCCACACUGGGGUGUCCCCUCUCUCCUGUCUCUUUUUCUCUCCAACACUUGUGAACCGUUCCAAUCUGCUCCCAGCUGGUAAAGGGAAUGCAAAGAUUAACCUGACCCAG